UUUCUUUUGUUCUUAUACUCCACAUAUGAGUGAAAUCAUUUGAUACUUGUCUUUCUCUGCGUGGCUUAGCAGAUGAAUCUAAUUAUUUAUAGAAUGUCAAGAGCAUUCUUGCAGACCCACAAAAGCUUCCGAAAUCAAUAAUAACACUAGAGGAAAAUGAAGACUAUCACAUCACUAUAGAGUCUAUAAAAUAUGGACGAAUUUUAAGUGAAAAGUCCUUUAAAACCCGUGGAUUCUCAACUAGCAAUGUCAAAAUAAUAGCAACCAGUACGAGUGUUUCCUUUAACUGGAGUGUACUGUCUUCCAAUGACAUUUCAGUGUCAAUAUCUCUCAAUAAUUCUUCACGAAUUAUGCAUGAUAACAGCAUGGCUUAUGAGUGGGAUAAUUUAAAACCUGAAACCUUACAUGCUUUUACGUUUGAAUUUAAACAGUUGCAUUUGGAUUUUAUACGUAUUUUUCAGAGACUGGAUUUUCAAGUAGAAACAGGUUCAUGUGCACAGGGAUGGGUAGCAUUAAAAAAUAGCUGUUACAGAAUUAGCAAAGACCGUGUGCCGUGGAAUAUAGCCCAGCAACGUUGUAAGUUACCCUUAAGUUUUGCAAACCUUGUGGAAAUAAAAAAUGAAGAGGAAAAAAAAUUCGUAUUUUCACUUCUCAGGUCGAAGAAUCAAAUAAUAACAUGGACUGGUCUUAAUGAUUUGAAGAAAGAAGGUCAUCUCACAUGGACAGAUGGAUCAUCUUUUGGCCUUAAGAAAAAUGACACCAUUUCUUUUCUACUGCUACCCAACAAGGAAACAGAUUGCUACAUUUUACAGCAAAAUGCAACUGGAUCAAACUAUUUCUUUACAAGAUUUUUCUGUUAUGUUCCAUUGCCAUAUAUUUGCAAAUAUGAAUCACCUUCUCUGCAAGAAAGCCUUUUGAUCUAUAUAAAGGAUGUUGGAACAACUGAAGUUGUAUUUAAUUGGAAUAAUUUGAAUGGUUGGGAUAAUUUGAAUACGUGGCUGAAACUGGGAUAUAAAAUUAUCAUUAAGUAUUGUUCAGAUUAUGCAGAAGAACAACAUUUUGAAAGCAUACCUCCAAAUACUACAGAAAAAACAAUUAAGCAAUUGUCUCCUGGCCAUAUUUAUAGGGUUUUACUGUUUGCAAUGAAUGAAUGGGAGGCAAAAACUACAUUAAGUCCAAUAUUCACUGUUGAAACACGCCCAUUAUCAGCCCAGAAUGUCACAGUUACUCAUGUCACCUCAUCAGAAAUAUUUUUACACUGGGAUCCUCCGGACACUCUAUGUUUUCACCAUUAUCUUCUGACUAUUUUGGAUGUUGAAAACAAUAAGUCAGAAGAGGUGUCUGUUGAAAAACUCAACACAUCAGUGACAAUUGGAGAUCUCAGAUCCUUCCAUCAUUAUCUGAUAUAUCUAUUCAGUGUGGCAGAGAGAGGAACUUUAAGCUGCUUUGAGAAACCUAUUUCAGCCAUUACAGGUAUUAAUCCUCCCCAGAAAGUUUUUGCUAAUCCUGAAGAUGUAGGAGAGGACAGUAUGGUCCUUCAGUGGGAGCUCCCACGAGACGGCCACGAGGUCUACAUUCAAAUCAAAUCUGUAUCAGAUGAAAGAGAAGUCAUGGAGCUGUUUGUAAAGGAUGCUAAUAGAUACAAGAUCAAUAAUUUAACCCCUGGAAUGACUUAUGUCAUUCAAAUGGCAACAGCGAUGAAUGGGAACUUGAGCAAGCUGGUAACUAUUCAGCAAACUCUAAAGCCCAAACAAGCCCAAAUUGUUAUCCCUUAUGAAAAUUAUAGUACCUGUGUGGUCUUCUUUGUUCAAACGCCUGAUAUUGAAGUGUUUGAUGGCCUAUUUAUCACAAUUGAAGGAGGGCCAAAUGUAACCAUGCCUUUAAAACAUGACAGUAAAAUAACUGUUGACAAUUUAACCCCAGGCACAGAAUAUAAUUUCUUUGUUUCCAUCAUCAGUGGGACUAUAUUAAGUCAUAUGUACUACGUGCCUGCGGUAAAAACGUGUCUGGAAGCACCAUCAAAUACCCAUGAAGGUAAAAUUACAGACUCUUCCAUAGAAGUUCUCUGGAGUCGAGCUGAUGGGAAUUUUCGCCAUUACAAAAUCACAUGCCUGAACUGUUCAGCUACUUUCCUGGUCCAGAAGGUCGUUCAAGAAGCGGCAACCUUCUCUAACCUGGAUCCUGCCACAGUGUACACCUUUUCAAUUCGCACAGAAAAAGAAGGUUUUAAAGACAGUACUCCAAACAUAAAAGAAAUACAAACAGGUACAGCCUGA